AUGAUUGCGCGGUCCCUUGCCCUCGCCGGGCUGUACGUCUCAACAGCGCUCGCCGUCUGCACCAAGCUCGAGGACUGCCCGCAGUACGAGACGCUGAAGACGGCCGACUGCCAGCCGUACCACCACUUCCUCCUCCGCGGCUCUACCUCGCCCUACCCCGGCCAUGUCAUCGAGACGGUCGCCAAGGUGUGCGACAGGCUCAACACGGAGAGCACGCCCAAGGCCUGCGGGUACGAGGACAUCCACUACGCCGCCAUGAACGGCGGGGAGAGAUGGUGCAAGAGCGCGCAUGAGGGCGCCAUCAACGGCGCCGCACAGAUGCGCAACUACACGCAGCGCUGCCCGGACAGCCACCUCAUCGUCAUGGGUUUCAGCCAGGGAGGGAGCGUAGGUCUCGACAUACUCGGCGGUGGAGGCGGCGAGCUCUGGGGCUGCAUGCAGGAGAGCAACCCAGCCAUGGACAGGUCGACCGCCCCCGGCUCCAAGGUCGCAGCGGCCCUCAUGUACGGCCCCACGCGCCGCUCAGCAAACCAAACCUGGACCGUCGGAGGCGGUGAGGUGAGCGACGGCGGCGCCCCUCGAACUGCAGAGCAAAACGCCGGCUUGAAGCCUUACGCCGACGCCGGCAUCUUGCGCGAAUACUGCCAGCCGCGUGAUCCCAUCUGCGCGCCCCACACAAAGGACACCGACAUGUCCUUCCAUCUAAGCUACUUCGACAAGUACAGCGACGAAGCCUCGGCCUGGGUGGUGGACCUGGCGAAGAAGGCGGCAAACAACAACACAAGCAACGAUGAAAACCAGAGCGAUGGAGACCACACGAGCGGGGCGGGCGGCAUGUUGAAGGCUGGCAUCAAACACCCCGUGGCCAACUUCGUCAUUGGGUUCGCUGUCCUGAUUGGGUUAUUCUUCUUAAUCCGACGCAUCAUGAUGUGGAAAACGUCCUCGUCACAACUAUCCUCGUACACGCCCGUCAACACGUCUGAGGCUGUUUGA